AUGGCUCCAAGAAAGAAAACGGACGACGAUAAGAAGAAGCAGGCAGAUGGCAAGGCUCCCAAGAAAGACAACAGCAAGAAGAAGCAGGCAGAUGGCAAGAAGGCACCGGGAUUGAACUUGGGCAAGAACUUGGGCAAGACGAACCGGAAAACUCGCAGUCAGGUCCGAAAUGGUGCCUCGCCAGUAUUCCCAACUUUUCCGGAUGAAGCUAGGGAGCAAAGGAGGGCGUGGGAGGAGAAUGGGAUUCGACCAGAUUCGAAAAGAGCUCCAGAUGGCAAUGAUGCGGACGAAGGCAGGCCUAACAAGAGACCCAAGCGCAAUCCUGGUCCAGAGAAAGAUCCUGUUACGAAGACGCCUGUCACGAAGGAACCGGUUCUGAAAAAGCCUCCCAAGAAAGGUAUCACGAAGACUACCACGAAAGGUACCACGAAGGGUCCCACCAAGGUCACGAAGGUCACGAAGGGUACCUCAAAGAAGGGCCCCGCGAAGGGUCCCGCGAAGGGUCCCAAAGGUAAACCUCCCAAGACGGGCGAGGAAACUGGAGGAGCGGAGGAUGAUGAUUCUUCUGAAGACGGAGAAGGACCGAAAGAUCCUGAGCAUGCCGCGCCAUCAGCUCCUACCGAACAGACGACGACAGCUCCUCAGCCAACUUCCGAAAGACCAGUCUCAGCUGUUACUCAACCUGAUGAUGCGAGCUCGGGCACCACACCGACGACAUCGAUCGCGACAGUUCCAGGCUCCAAGCCAAUUCCGAAGGAGCUGACUACGCCGACAAGCAUCACAAACACCGCGGAAGAGUCGAGCGGGAGCAGCAAGCCUGCGAGAACUCCUGAGGCCAACGACAAUGCGCCUUCGGGGGGUGUUGAGCCCAACGGAGGUGUGAGCAAUUCGAAUGGCAAACCACCUCUGGAGGGAAAUGGGAACAAUUCGAACGGAGCUACCCAAGCGCCGAAGCCUGGCACAAAAGGGAAGGAGCCAGCUCAGGACCAAGCGCCAGCUCAAACGUCCGGCGAUCCCUGUGACGAUCUUGCAAGACGCCUGCAAGAUUGGCAUGACCAGGCACAGCGCAAUCCACCAAGCAUCGCUGCUGUUGAUCCCGCUAGGUGGUGGGAGAGAUUGAGAGACGAGACUGUCAUGAGGGCCAUCUAUGCAGUCACUGAAGCGAUCUCGGUCAAUGGUUCCGGGGUACAAUUCGCGCUAGCGCGGUUUGAUAUGUUCAUGAACAACAGUGGAAACGAGGAACUCAUGGGAAGUGCAAAUGGUAUGGUCCGUGCCGGCAACACCGCUCUGAUACCGUUCACCGAGGAACGGUACAACAAGAAGAAUCCCAAGAUUGAUGAACACCAUACAACACUGUUUGUGGUGCAGCCUGUCGUUGGCGCUCAAGGCAAUUUUACCCUUCGCCAUUACGACAGUGCUAACAUGUAUGCUGAAAAUCAGCUCGCUGUCUUCGUGGACCGGGCAAGGGGCAACUUGAUCGCAUUCGGAUGGGAUCGUCACGGCACAAACAUCCCUGGGGGAGAUGCACCGCAUGCGCAAGCCAUGCGACAACGGGAUAACUGGGAGUGCGGCAUUCAUACAGUCGUCAAUGCCUGGGCCAUAGCGCUUGGUUUGACCAUCACCCGCACGGGCAAACAACCUUUCGAUAACGCUCGGUUCCUCCGACGUGGAAUUGAGCUGAUCAACCUCGCCGUCCAGGGCCACCUCGAUAGUAGAACCAUUGAGGCCUUUCUCAGAUGCUUUGAACUUGUCGAAGCGGGAGCACGUGUGGCACUCGCACGCCAGUUCGCUGCAACUGUCCCUCUACCAGACGUCAAUGUCCUCGAAUGUCGGAUCCAACGGAUCCGACUAGAGGCGGAGCUGGCUACUUUGAGGCAGAUCAACCCUGACAUCGCGCAGCUAGAUGUCCUUCUCAAUUUCGCGGGAGUGGAGCUGGGCCAGACUCUCCGAUUCACCGCUCAGCAAUUGGUCGAGCCUUGGAUAUUUGCGGGAAUGCCCUUGGCUUCGCCCGAUCGUUCAAAUGCCUACGUAGCACCAGAGGAGCUCGAUUCUGGAGAGAGGAAUAUGAUGGCAGCCGGCAUCAACACGGCCGAGAGGCUACAGCUCCGCGCUCAGGAGCGGGAGAGACAACGCAAUGCCGAACUGACGUCUCCGACACCUCAGGGUGCCGAUAUGGUUACUGGCGGUAUGAUGCAAGCCAUGCCCGCAGCCCCUGAAGCAAGUGUCGAGAACAAUGCGCCCGCAUCUGAAAGCAACCUUGCCACCGAUGGCAGACAAAGUUCUGCAAAUAUGACGACCCAAGCCCUGCCUCAAAGCCAGCAGCCUCAGGAAUCACAGGUCGAGAAUCAAGGUGCGACUCAAGAUCAGAUCCCUCCUGCGCCGCAAACCGAAGCUGACGACUCUCCAGCCGAUCAGUCCGACGACUUGUGGGUCAGUGACGACAACGACGGCGUUCCUUCAGAUCUGUUCGAAAAUGGCACGAUGGACACGGACAUCGAGGACGGUCCGCCCUCAGCAACCUUGCCAACAACCCCUACGGCCGACCACGGCGGCAUCGUCUUGCCGACACCUCCACGCGCCACAAUCCUCCUUGACAACGGAGAACUCUGCGGCGAUCAGAAUCUCAGCCCGGCAUUUCCUCGACCGACUCCUCCACCUCAACAAUCAGCUCCACCUGCCGCCGUCAUGGUCUCACCAACCACCGACCAAAACCCCCUCAUCGGGCAAGAAAAAGACGGCGAAGACGCGCUCGCUCCUCUCGACCAGACUGGACUCAGCCCAUCUGCAGAUGAAGACGACGUCGGCGACGAAACGACGUUCAUCGAACAAGGCGACCAAACCAUGGGCGAGGACGAACUCGCCGCCGACCAAGAACGUGAUGCCGCGUCCGACGAUGAGGAGGAAAUGGAUCCGGACGAGACGUUGCUGGAAGGAGAGCUGUCGUUCACGGAGCAGCAUAAUCAGGAUGAAGUCAAUGACGAUCGGGAGGAUGAUGAGGAGGAUGAAGAGGAGGUUGAAGGUGGCAUGGGUGGAGGGUUCAACACUUCGGCGCCGGAGACGAGAUGCAUGGCACAUCCCGCCGUUCUACCGCCUCACGCCACCGCCGCCGUCCCCAACACGGCCAUGAACCACAUCCCACUCCACCGCGCCAGCCCAUUCCCGUUCUCAAACCCUUCCUUCCCUUUCAACUGCAGUCUCGUCAAACAUCCCAGAAACGACAACAUGACCAACAUCUCCUCCCUCUCGCUCAUCGCGGGAACAUACCACCUCAGCAUGGCGGAGUACUUCUCCCCUUGCACCGUCGUCCAGUAA